UAGGAAUUGAGUCCAAACUUGUGCAACUUAGGCAUAGCAAAUAUGUAGAGUUUAGGGUAAUACAAUUAUUUUCAUUAUAUUAUCUGAUUGUACGUGGAGAAUAUAAAAUUGGGAAGACCGUUUCUCUUUGGAAAGUAAAUAUAUAAUUCCGAUGAGAGGGAAAGUUGGCAGGCGCGGUAGGUGAGUGACAGAUAUGCUCCGGGGCAUUGUCAUUCACUUACCACUUUUUAGAUAGUGCUUCUUGCUUCAUAUCAACUCUAUCUCCAUUCCUCUCUCUCUGACCCUCUUCUUCUUCUUCUUUUCUCCCGUUAUCUUCUCUCCCUCGUGUUCCUCACCCUCACCUGAAGUUUCUAUAUUCUUGCCUCUGCUACAGCCACCCUGAUCUCCCAUAUUGUCUCUCAGCAGAUCGGAACCCAACAACAUGGCGGUGGUGAACGUGACAAUUAAGGAGUCGACGAUCGUCAAGCCGGCGGAGGAGACCACGGAGCCGCGGUCGCUGUGGAACUCCAACGUCGACCUUGUGAUUCCCAGUAUUCACACCCCGAGUGUCUAUUUCUAUCGCCCCAACGGUGCAUCCAACUUCUUUGAGCCGCGCGUGCUUAAACACGCGCUGUCGAAGGCCCUGGUGCCGUUCUACCCCAUGGCGGGGCGUCUGAAGCGCGACGACGACGGUCGUAUUGAGAUCGAUUGUAAUGGCGCCGGCGUGCUGUUUGUCAUCGCUGAGACUAGCUCUGUGAUCGAUGAUUUUGGCGACUUUUCUCCGACGCUGGAGCUCCGGAAGCUCAUCCCCACUGUUGACUACGCCGCUGGGAUUUCUUCGUAUCCGCUCCUCGUCUUGCAGGUGACAUACUUCAAAUGUGGUGGAGUAUCGCUUGGUGUUGGCAUGCAACAUCAUGUUGCAGAUGGAUUUUCUGGUCUCCACUUUGUGAAUACAUGGUCUGAUAUGGCUAGAGGUCUUGACCUUACGAUUCCACCAUUCAUCGACAGGACAUUGCUGCGUGCUCGAGACCCACCCCAACCUGAAUUCUAUCACAUUGAAUAUCAACCUGCUCCCCCCAUGAAAAAUUCCCAGCAAAGCACAAAACCUGGUGCGGAGGAGACAUUGAUCGCCAUCUUUAGACUGACUCGUGAACAACUCAACACUUUGAAGGCCAAGUCUAAGGAAGAUGGCAACACUGUCAACUAUAGUUCAUAUGAGAUGUUGGCAGGUCAUGUUUGGAGAUGUGCAUGCAAGGCGCGAGACCUCCCUGAUGAUCAAGACACCAAAUUGUAUAUUGCUACUGAUGGUCGGUCUAGAUUGCAACCCCCACUCCCACCUGGUUACUUUGGCAAUGUGAUUUUCACAGCCACGCCGAUUGCUUUAGCUGGGGAUCUUCGAUCAAAACCAACAUGGUAUGCAGCAAGCAAGAUUCACAAUGCUUUGGUGCGUAUGGACAAUGAUUAUCUUAGGUCUGCUCUUGACUACCUUGAGCUUCAGCCUGAUCUAUCAGCACUUGUCCGUGGGGCUCAUACUUUUAGGUGUCCCAAUCUUGGUAUUACUAGCUGGGUUAGGCUGCCUAUCCAUGACGCUGAUUUUGGUUGGGGUCGACCAAUUUUCAUGGGACCUGGGGGAAUCGGAUACGAGGGGUUGGCGUUCGUAUUACCAAGUGCAACUAAUGAUGGGAGUUUAUCAGUUGCCAUUUCCCUGCAAGCGGAACAUAUGAAAUCAUUUUCGAAGCUGUUGUAUGACAUAUAAGGUAACAAAAUGGCUGAGAUAUCAUUUUUGAAGCUGUUGUACGACAUCUUCAGGUCUGCUAAAUUUUUCUGUAUGUGGUUAUGUUCCUCUCCUAGUGUUUCUAUCCUCAUACUUGGUUCAAGUCAGUAUGAUACUGUCAUUUCUUAUACCCGAAGUGGGAAAAUGUUGUGCACAUAUUAAUGACUCUGAAAACAGUUGCGUUACUAAUUGAUAUUGGGUUUCCAUUAAGUAAAAUAAUGCUACAGCUACAACAGCAGUUGUAGUAUUAGUUGUUUACAUGA